AUGAUACACGACUCUACUACUGAUCCCGAACUACGAUCUCUUGCCUCAGACGAUCUUGAAGAGAUACGCACCCAACUUGUCCAUGCGUCGCAAAGUCUAAUCACGUCCCUCGUCCCUGUACAUCCAUUCGCACACUUGCCAUGUUUGCUGGAAAUAAGACCAGGCGCCGGCGGUUCGGAAGCUGCUAUCUUCGCUGGUGAUCUCUUUCGCAUGUAUAUGGCCUUUUGCAAUCGCAAUGGCUUCCGCACCAACCUACUCAAAUACGAAAACAUCAACGGCACAACGGAAGCGGGGGUACCAUUAUCGGAAGCAAUCAUGGAGGUGGAGAACGAAAAUGCAUACGGCGUGUUUAGAUGCGAAGCAGGUGUACACCGGGUUCAGCGAGUACCCGCUACUGAGACAAAAGGUCGCACGCACACAAGCGCCGCAUCGGUUCACGUACUGCCCAGUCUACAGGAGAACUCCGCAGAGGAGCAGGAUUUCGAUAACCCGGAGAGCGAUUACUACAUCGACCCGAAAGAGGUCAAGCUGGAAGUCAUGCGCGCAAGUGGUGCUGGUGGCCAACACGUCAACAAGACCGAGUCUGCCGUUCGUCUAACACAUAUGCCCACCAAUACGGUAGUUGCGAUGCAAGAUUCGAGAUCACAACAUAAGAACAAGGAGAAGGCAUGGGCAUUAUUGCGCGCGCGCAUUGCUCAGACACGGCGAGAGAAGCGCGAAGAAGAGAUGGCCAACAUGCGACGAAGCGUGAUUGGCGUGGCCAGGAUGGGUCGCGGUGACAAGGUGCGGACUUAUAAUUGGGGCCAGCAACGCGUGACCGACCACCGGAGCGGCACGACUGUACAUGAUUUGGACGAUGUAAUGGGGGGUGGUCAGACACUGGAAAAGGUCAUGGAAAGCGUUCGCAGCUGGCUCAUGGAGCGCGAUGUCGAGGCGCUGAUCGCUGAAGAUGUGGAAGCAAAGUGA